UGAGCUGAAGGCAGACGCUUAACUGAGACACCCAGCACCCCCAUAUUGUCAAUCUUAACACCCUGUAUUGAUUUUACACACACACACACACACACACACACACAUCAUCAUCAUCAUCAUCAUCAUCAUAUUUGCUGAAUAAACUGACGAGCACCUCUUACUACCAGGCACUAGGUGGUGGAAGACUUCAUCCCAUUACCUGGGUUGGGCUACAGCUUUCUGUUGACACAUUUGGGUCCACACUGUUCUACCCAGGGCACUGUGAACUUUUGAUUUCUCGAGAUUUGCUUUUUCUGGGUCCCCAUUUUGUCAUGUUGGCUUCAUCCUACCACCCCUUUCAGUUGUAUACCCCUAGCCUUUUCCAGUGGCUUGCUUGCCAUCUUCUCUUCCCUCCAGGCUCACCAAUGCAGAGAAAAGUACGCUGGAUGAAGGGCUCCCCUGUUCAAGCAGGCUUGACACCUCCUGCGCCCUCAGAUUCAGCCCAGUUGCCUCCUCCCUCCACGUUCCUAUAACUUUUCUUCCCCCAGUCCCUUAACUGGUCUGGCUGCUAGGCAAUGCUACGUUCCCCUGCCGAAAUUGCUCUUGUUCCCCGCUGCUCAGGGAGAUUUUAACCAUCUUUCAAGGCUUGAGUCAAAUCUAAUCCCUUCCAUGAAAACCGCGACAUCUCCUCCUCCCCUUCUUGAAUUACUGCUUCAGACUUGGGCUUCUCAUUCCGUCUCGCCAUGUCACCUCCUUUCCCCAAUCAAUCCUAAGCUCUUCGAGGUUCAAGUCCAAGUAAUAAACUUCCCAUUAUCCCCAUUCUUUCCGCACACAUCUGGGGUGGCUGCCCUGUAAGUUGCAGAGGGCAAGCCCCCUCCACUCUCUGAGGCUGUUACCUCAAACAGGAAGAAGGGCUAACAGCACCUAUGCCUCCCCGAGUUUCUGCGCGGAGCAAGCGAAGCGGGGCCUGGGUUGGGUGGGGGCUCGCGGGACCCCUUCGCUGCGUGGGUCGGCGGGAACGCGCCGGGGGCGGGGCCGCGCGGCGGCUCCCGGGAGUUGUAGUCCGCGAGCGCGUUCGCAGUCUCCGCAGGCUCCGCGCGGAGACCCGUGGACUCGCCUGCGAAGGUGGCGGGGGCCUGCGGGGCUCGAGGAGCUGGGCCCGGGGUUGGCCCCGGGCAGGGAUGGAGCAGAGCGCGAGCAACCGGUAUGGCCUGCCGCUGCUGCUAGGGCAGCUGCUGGCGCUUAUGGGCCAUGGGGGUGCCUUCUACCUCGAGGUCCGCGAGCUGGAAGAGAAGUGCUUCAUCCAGGAGAUCCCCGAUGGUACCGUGGUCAUAGGUAACUACAAGACUGAGCUAUACGACCCUGCUAUGGAAAAGUACCAGCCCUCCCCACAGUGGAUCAAUUUGUUCGUGUUUGUGAAGGACCCUGAGAACAAGAACCUCCUGGCCCGGCAGUACGGCCCUCAGGGAAGCUUCACCUUCACCUCUCAGUCUCCAGGAGAGCACCAGAUCUGCCUCCACCUCGAGUCCAUCCGGUUCGCCCUCUUCUAUGAUGGCAAGCUGGCCAUUCACUUGGACAUGCAGUUGGGCGAACACACCAAUGAUUAUGCAGAAUUUGCGGCCAAGGACAAGCUGACCCAGCUGCAUCUGCGCCUACAGCAGCUUGUGGAACAGGUGGAGUUGAUCCAGAAGGAGCAGGAGUACCAGAGGUGGCGAGAGGAGCGCUUCCGGCAGACAAGCGAGAGCACCAACCAACAGGUGCUGUGGUGGUCCAUUAUGCAGACCCUCAUCCUGGUUGCCGCCGGUGUCUGGCAGAUGCGGCACCUCAAGAGUUUCUUUAAAGCCAAGAAGUUGGUGUAGGCGGGCCCCAGAAACCUAGCCCGAACUCAUUCCCUUUCUCUUAACUGAUGGCAAGUGGCCUGGCCUGGUGUACUUCCUGGCUUCGGAUUCCCACAACCCCACGGGGGUUGGGGUGGGGGUGGGGGUGACGGAGGACCUCUUUGAACUGGUUUCUCAGCUGGCACUUGGGAGAGGAUGGGUUUCCUGCCAGAUGCUUGGCUGGGGAGCUGCAGGAUUCUCUGGGGCUCUGGGCUGCUGAGGAGGAAGGGGAGGGUGCCCCCACCCCCUAUGGCUAACCUCGAUGAACUGUCCCAAGAUGGAGAGAAUUAAGAGUGUCUAUAAACUGCCAACUUUCUGACCUGAAUAUUUAUUGCCUCCCACUCUGCAAUUCAUUCUGGUGUUUUGUUUCUAACCAGAUAUUAACAUUAAGGCUCUGCAUGCAUUUGGUGGGGACUGAUCCCAAAAUGGAUGGGGUGAAGAAAGCUUGUUCUCCAAAAGCCUUAGCAACUUGUGGAGCCCUUUCAAGAAAAGUUCAAUUUGGGCCCAUCUUAUGGGUAACCUGAGUGCUUGUGCUAAUCCUGUGCCUCUUUGUGGGGCUCUGGUCCCCACAUGUGCUCUUCUGCUGGUUUUUUCCAGGCAGUUGGACAGGCACCUCUGUUUUCAUACUACUCUUCAACCAACCUGUGUUUCUCUUUAUGAUGUCCCAGGUUGACUUUUUUUCAGGAGAUGCUUUCUUUCUUUUUUUAAAAUAGGAUUUCAAGUAACUGUUUUCAUUAGAGUCAGCAUCUCGUUAACUCAACCGUCACAGGUGCACACAGGUGUAGAUAACCAGGCAUCUAGGUACCCAGUGCUUCUGCCUCAUCUGAACUCUGUUGGUUGCCCUGUUGGGAAAGUCAUCUCACAUGUGAAUCUGACAUUUUCUGUGAUAAGGAAAUUCACUGGCUGGCACCCUCAACAAAAUGAAGUCCAACUCCUCAAGGCUAAGGACGUCAAUAAAGGGAGACUCCCCAUAAGGAGGGGGUUAGGGCAACAACCCAAGCACUUGGCCCCUGAGACAGACACAUCCUCCCCUAGGAUACGCUUGAGGAACACUGCAAGCCUUGGGUAUUUGCUCAUUUGUGGGUGUGGUCCUGACUAGCUUCUGGAAAGUAUGAGUGGACUAAACUGAAGGCUGGGGGUGGGGAGAA